GGCGUGGACGGCCUAGAGAUCCACUAUUCUGACAAGCAGAGAGCGCCUACUAACCCUCAAAAGCAUAUGGCGUCCGCGUCGUCCUAUCCAUCAUCACUUGCACCAUCACACCCCGCAAACCUUCGCGUACACGACCUUGGCGACGACUCACCAGGCCCCGGAAACGGCGACGUCACUCCCUCACACGGUGGGAGCGUUCCUACUGGUCACGAAUACGAUAUGCCCAUACAACCAAGGGCGUACUUUCGCGAUCCGAGCCCACUGAGACACGCGAACGACGCGCCUCCGCCCGUGACAAACGGAGCUGCUUCUUUUUCUAGGUCAACACGCGCGCGACCCCUCUCCAUGCCACCACAACCAGCGCCAGAGACGAGGAGAUAUGAGGAGGAGACUCCGACUCGGUCGGCAAGACCGAGCGCAAGUGCCAAUGGUGAAGGGCGAUCAAAGAGCAAUGCGAGAAUCAUAGGGGAUUACACGAUGACUAAGACGCUGGGAGCAGGAAGUAUGGGAAAAGUCAAGCUCGCGACACAUAAUGUUACAGGAGAAAAGCUUGCGAUAAAAAUUGUUCCCCGUUCACCAUCCGCUCUCCCCCCAAAUGCCCACGCCGGAUCAAGCAGCCUUCCGCCCCAAACUGCCCAAGUUGCUGCAGUCAUAAAUCCCAAUGACCCAAAGUCAAAGGAGGCGUCCAAGGAGAUUCGCACUAUUCGGGAGGCAUCCCUCAGCCUCCUGCUCCACCAUCCCUAUAUUUGCGGCAUGCGUGAGCUUAUCGUACAUCCGCAUCACUACUAUAUGGUAUUCGAGUACGUCUCCGGUGGUCAGAUGCUCGACUACAUCAUAUCCCAUGGUCGGUUACGAGAACGCGUCGCACGCAAGUUUGCGAGGCAAAUUGGUUCGGCGCUCGAAUACCUCCACAAGAACAGCGUCGUCCACCGGGAUCUGAAGAUUGAGAAUAUUCUGAUUUCCCAAUCGGGAAAUAUCAAGCUGAUCGACUUCGGCCUGUCAAAUUUGUACAAUCCUCACAAUCAUCUCUCGACAUUCUGUGGGAGUCUAUAUUUUGCUGCGCCGGAGCUGCUCAAUGCCAAGGUGUACACCGGACCCGAAGUUGACGUAUGGAGUUUUGGCGUGGUUCUUUAUGUUCUGGUCUGCGGCAGAGUACCCUUCGAUGAUCAAAGCAUGCCUGCCCUGCAUGCUAAGAUAAAACGAGGCGUCGUCGAGUACCCGAACUGGCUUAGUCAAGAAUGCAAGAACCUCCUUGCGAGAAUGCUCGUAACCAAUCCGGCACUGCGGGCAACAUUGACCGAAGUGCUCAAUCAUCCCUGGAUGAACCGUUCAUAUCCUCAUCCCCCAUCAUCACAUCUGCUUCCGCGCGAGCCGCUCCGUGCAGACGAUCUCGAUAAGGAGGUCAUCAAGCGGAUGACUGGAUUUGAGUUCGGGACUGAGGAGGAAAUCGAGGACAGGCUCAGGGCAGUGCUCGAAGGCGAGGCAUACAAACGCGCAGUGGAGGGCUGGGAGCGGAGGCAACAUGGCCAGCUCGGGUGGAAAAGUGAGAGUUCUUUUGGCGAGACAACCGGAGCGAGCUCGUGGUCUGCGAGUAACUCUACGGUAGCGACAUCAUAUAUGCCGCCUCCGUCGAGCGCGGCGCAGGCAGCUGCUCUAGCGAGCGGUAUUUCUUCUUCGCCCACACGAAAGGCAAGCAAGCGAUUCUCCGGCUUUGACUUCUAUCGACGAAAGCUCUUCCCUGGCACUGGCAACUCCCCACCAAACACACCACCUUCAAAUCCACCCCAGCUUAGCUUCCCUCCUACACCGAUCUCACCUAAUGCCGGUGCGCAGCUCCCGCUUGAACGUGAGCCUCCGGAUCCGACACGAGGUUUCCAUCCGCUCGUCUCUAUCUACUACCUUGUCAGGGAAAAGAUAGAGAGGGAGAGAGUAUAUGGCCCCGGACAUUUCGCCAGUUCUCAGCUUAGUCUGGUGGGAGAUGAGGUGCCACCUCGGUCAUCUAUAUCUGGACCUCCGGAAGUACCACCCAAGUCGCCCAUGCCUGUCUCGAUGCCGUCAACACCGAUCACUCCUGCGCAGCCAAAAUCCGCAUAUAACGUCCCGACUCCGAAACUCCCUGCCCCGCCGCCCUCGUACAUAUCGACUGCUGCGACGUCAUAUGGUGUGCCGGUCGCCCCUUCACCCACGACCCCUAGUUUCGGCCCUGCGGCACAGCAGCCACAGCCCAGGGCACGUGCUCAGGAGGCUGUUAUGCAACUUCCAGGUGAAGCCGAGCGGGGACAGGUGGAUCUGAGGAAAACAGAAGUCCCGGCAUCGCCCAGCUUGAACGUGUCUAUGGGUCAGAAGCAGGAGCUUGCAGGAUUGGGCGUGAAUGCCAGUCCCACUACCCCGAUCAAGGCUCCUGCAGCAACGAGCCACAGGAGGAGUCACAGCUUGUCUCAACGUGUCGGAGCUUGGGAGCGGGAGAAACCAUCAGGGCCGAUGGGCUUGCCUACGGUGGGCGAGACAGAUCGCGACCAGUUCUUGAUGCCUCACACCGCAGGACCUGAAUUUGGCACCUUCGCAGAGAAGGUCGGUGCCCGCAGUGUGGCUGAAGCAAGCACCAACCAGAGACGGCCAAGUGAGCGCAGCAUCAAAGAUGAGGAAAUUACCAGUCCUGGAUCAACACUGGUACGGAGAUUCGGAAGUAUCCUGGGUACUCGACGGGAGAGGGGCGAACAUCGGGAGCGCGAAGACAGGCUACGGGAAAGCCGGAGUGUUCCCUCACCUGGGCUCGCCGCUGUUGCCAAUGCGGAGGAAGCAGAGGAUAAAGAGAAUAUCGGCCAUCGGAGAGCUCAGACGCUCCUUGAUCGGACAACAGGGGCAGGAAAACAUAAUCGCCGCAGCUCUUUGGGUGGCAUGUUCGGCGGGCAAGUUCGCCCGCGCACAGCCGCCGUGGGCAAGUUUGAUGACGUGUGGGAGGUGAACGAGGAAGGCACGGAGGGUCGUGCCAGCGAUGAGCGCAGCCACGAGGGUACAAUUCCUGGAGGCGAGAGCGUGCAGGUCAAGCCGGCAAGCCUGAAAGGAGUGUUUAGUGUCUCGACCACAAGCUCCAAGAGCCCAGCUGCCAUCAAGGCUGACAUUCGGAGGGUUCUCGACCGCAUGCAUAUGCAAUAUCGGGAAAUACCCAGCGGUUUCGAAUGCGUUCACCAACCUUCGAUCGAUCUAAAGACUGUUGCUAAGGAGGAGGAAAGCACACUUGGUGUCAAUGGAGCUCGUGUGAAACGGAAAUCCUCUCGGCUGUCCCUUGGUCGGCUAUCCAUAAAGAAGACGAACGACACAACAACACAACCCGCUCGUGCGCAGGAGAGACCACCGAUUCGAUCUAGUGCGAGUGGAGGGAGCUCCUCAUUUUUCACUUUGCCAGGGAUAGGUGUAACACCUGUUUGCCCUGCCCCUGCAACAGCCGGCGCGGUGUUGGGACCAGAAAGAACUGCUUCACCUGUCAAUGAUGCGCCAACCCCGAUUGGGACUGCGUCCCCAGCCCUGUCGCCCAGUCGGGGCAAAUUUCUGCCGCCAAUUCCGCGUGAUUUUGGCGGCAUGUCACCUAGUCGGAGAGUCGGUCCUGAUAUCUCUGGAGAAGCCGUCAAUAAUGCGUUCGAGAAUUCGGACAGGAGCGAUCUGGUUGUGCGGUUCGAAGUGAAUGUGGUUAAAGUGCCCCUGCUCCCUCUGCACGGCAUCCAAUUCAGGCGGAUUGGAGGCAAUGCAUGGCAAUACCAAAUGCUGGCCCGACGAGUCCUGACAGAACUGAAGCUGUAAUCGGUUGAUUGUCAGCUUCUGCGGAGGAUCAUCUGGAUGAUACCCCACUUAUUUUAACCCACAAAGCCAACACACGGCUUGAUAAAGCAUACGCUCCUUUGUCUUGCGUUUCUUUUUUCGUCCCGCGUCUUCCGCAGCAACUGUAGCGUUUCC